AUGAUGAAAGUUUUCGCCAUCCUGUGUGCAGUUUUUAUCAUCCUCGUGUGUUUGGCUACACCAGCCCGUAGCGAGGCCUUGCCUGAAGACUGCGUCCGCUCAAAAACGCCGAGAACAGGCUCCCUGGGCGUGUAUGGCGUGGCGGUCACCUGUAACUCCCGCGGGCUGACCACCUUCCCUGACCACAUUCCACCCGACACUUUUGAUUUGAAGAUGACCAACAACAGAAUCCGUAACGUCCCGUAUAUCCCACCGCUGAGAUACCUGAACAUAUUGGACCUCAGUAGGAACCGCAUCGAAACAUUGUCGUGGGGGUCUCUCUGUAACUUACCCACCCCUGCAUUUGGCAACACGACAAAAAAUGGAGGCUUGACCGCCGGCACUGCCAUAGUGAAGCGGGAUAAACCAGUGUUCCGUACCGUCCACAUCAUCAUCAUGACAACAGCCGGUCUGCUAGGCUUGGUCUUUGCCGUCUGUCUGACUCUGAAGUUCGUCAGAGAGUGCCGGUUGCAGAACGCCAACAGGGCAGCAAACAACAUUUCUGUGCCGCUGCGGGUCCUUAGCACAGACAACCAAUCUACGUCCCAAACUGGACCUCCAUCCGCCAUAGAACUGUCGCAGCUGAUACCUAACUCCUUGUAUAACCGUAAUAACCCAGCCGCCGUGUCGCACGUCCAAACUACAACCAACACUCAACUAUCGCAGUUGGUCCCGCCGAUAGCAAACUCGCUGUAUCACCGUAAUAGCCCAGCCACCAUGCCAGAACAGCCACGCUUACCAACCCCACUCCCGCCAAUACAAAAUGUGUCCUAUCAUAGCACCAACCCAGCCGCCUUGUCAUCUGAGGAACCUGACCGUACGUACGAAUAUAUCCCAUAA